ACUGGAGGUCUCAAAGUUGUAAACAACUUAAAGAUAUAUGUUUUAAAAAUAAGCAAUUAGACUAUUUCUUCGGAAAAUCUCAAUUUCCAGUGGAGUAUUCGCAAAUGUUUUUGUAUGGAAUAGUGGCACAACUCUAAAAUUCUUAUACAGACCCCUUGGCUUAAUUAAAGCUAUUGUAACCUAUACACUAUGUGAAAAAGCUGAAGGUUAAACCUUGACCUUUCAUCAAAUUAGCCAUGUCCUUUAGUGGUUUCAGUUUCCACAGAUCUGUGGUUGAUAAGGUCAGACAAUGUGCCUUGUUUUGAGAGAAUGAAUUCCUUCAGCUUUCUUGAGGAUUAUUGAGUGAGAUAAAUUAAUAUUUGUUAGGUUAAUUGCAACCUCUUCCAACUUCCUUUUUUUAAAAUGCUUGUUCUCUUUAGGCCUUUUUGACCAUUUCAUUUGGAAGACGUAAAGUAAAUUGUGUCCAUGGGAUUAAGAAAUAAAGGUUGACCUAAAAGCUGAGGCAUUAGACCGGGUUUGCAGUUAGCUGCAAGAUCUGUAGAGACCCGCAGUGGAAUUCACAAAGUGUUGGACUAUUUUGGAUCCGAAAGAACCGUUGCAGUGAGCACAAAGUGCUAUUCAUAGCCCAGAUACCUGAGACACUUGGCAAAUAAAGAAGCUCUGACUUGGAUUUCUUUAGAGUGUAAAGGUCUUAACUAAAAUAAUGCCUGACUCAUCAGUGAUACUCAUCUGAAAUAACUGCAACUUUAAAAGAUGGAGUGAAUUUCACAGCCACACAGAAACAGGUCAUUAUACUCAUGCCUGGGAUAGUGUUUAAUUAUUCUUUAUUAUGUGUGUACCCCCCAUGCCCAGCUUGCUCAUGUUUCAUUCAUUUAAAUCCACUUUCGUGUCCACACACACAGCCCAGAAUCCCACUGGACGUAUCCAGUUUCAUGUAAAAACAGAGUUCAUUGUUCACCUUGGUGAUAUUGAACACUGAAACAAAACAGUAUGUCUGUUGUCUGGAUUAUCUACCACUGGUGCCUUUUAUUAAGGAGGCUGAAUAAGUGGGCUGUUCAGGUUGGUCCAGCUACCUCAGGAGGUGGGACGGGCUAUACGGAGGCACUCUGGAUCUCCCAACCUGUAACAUAGACCUGAGCAGAACUGAGUGUGUAUACACAGAGGCAGAAGAUGGUUUUUCUAACAACUAAAAUAAUGCAAAGGACUGCACUCUUUGUGACGUUCGGGGGUUUGGUUACUUCUCUGGUCACCACCUUCCUUCCCCUGUGGAAGACAAUGAACUCUGACCUGAACGAGGUGGAGAACUGGUACUCUGGGUUGUGGCACACCUGCCUCUACACGGAGGAGGUGGGAAUUCAGUGCAAGGCCUACGAGUCCGUCCUUGGACUCCCGAUGGACCUGCAGAUCUCCAGGGUGCUCAUGUCAGUGUCUAUAGGUACAGGAGGUUUAGCCAUGUUUGCUGCUUUUCCAGGUCUGGAAGGGGUUGAGAUGUGUGUGGGGCAGCCUGGCCUGAAGAGAGGGCUCCUCAUACUCAGCGGGAUGCUGUCCUGGGUGUCGGGCCUCACCACUCUGGUUCCCGUCUCUAUUGUGGCCUACACGACUGUGGUGGAAUUCUGGGACGAGGGUUUUCCCGAUGUGAUGCCACGCUGGGAGUAUGGAGAGGCAAUGUUCUCUGGAUGGUUUGGAGGUCUGGCUCUGGUCAUCGGUGGGACCCUGUUCUUUGUAGCGGUGUGCAUGAGGGACUACGAGCAGCGGCCACCGAGUGUCCCAAACAGCCCGCAAGUGAAGCAAAGGACACAGCACUACCUGAAGACAGAGGUUUUAUAGAUUUCUUAUUGUCAAAUGUGUGUCAUCUGCACCUUGAUGUACUUCAUAUGGAAGCCUGUUGGCUUGUGCGCUUGAGUGAUGAGAUAAUGAUGUUACUUGUGAACUAUUUCAAUAGCUCUGACAAGAACAACAUAUUUCUGACAGAAGUGACAUGGAGAGCAAAAAGAUUGUCCCCAUCAAGUGAUGCAACUGUGAUGAGAACUAAGAAGUUUUCACAAACUAUUAAAGUAAUCUGAGAUGA